CUCACACAAGAACGCAUACGCACACGUAUAUUUCAUCAUCAUAUCCUUAUAUAUCACAUACGUUUUACGUGUGUCAGCAAAUUGUCACCGGGCAUCUUCCGGAAUUCACUGGAUUCUACGGAAAACCUUGAUUGUUAACACUUAGAUACAAGGAUAUCCUAGCUGGUUAAGUUCACGUGAGCGACAGCGUAUCGUUUAGAAACUGUCAAAUCUUGAAAGAUGGUUUUGGAUUUGGACUUAUUCCGCAAGGACAAGGGUUUCGACCCAGAAAAGAUUCGGGAUAACCAGAAGAGGCGUUUCAAAGAUGUUCAGUUAGUGGACACUGUCAUCGAGAAGGAUAAGCACUGGCGGCAACUGCGACAUUGCGCAGACAACUUUAACAAAUUGAAGAACCUGUGCAGCAAAGAGAUCGGUGAGAAGAUGAAGAAGAAAGAACCGCUUGGUGACGAUGAUACAGUGCCUCAAGCAAUUGCCGAUGAUCUGGAUAAUUUGACCUCUGAGAGCUUGAAGGCGUUGACGGUAGUACAGAUCAAGAGAAUACGUACUCUCAUCGACGAGGCGAUACAGAAAAACGAUGAGAGUCUGAAGACGACCGAGUCGGAAAGAAACAGUGCCCUUAGAGAAGUAGGAAAUCAUCUGCACGAAUCUGUGCCUGUUACUGAUAAUGAAGAAGAGAAUAAAGUAGAAAGAACCUGGGGAGAUUGCAGUGUGAAAAAGAAGUACUCUCAUGUUGAUCUGAUCCACAUGAUUGAUGGAAUGGAUGGAGAACGUGGAACAGGAGUAUCUGGUGGACGAGGUUAUUUCCUUACUGGACCAGCAGUGUUCCUUCAACAGGGCUUAAAUCAACUAGCACUAAGGAAAUUAUUUGAGAAAGGUUACAAGCCUCUUUACACACCAUUCAUUAUGCGGAAAGAUGCGAUGCAGGAAGUAGCACAACUCUCUCAGUUUGAUGAAGAACUGUACAAGGUGAUUGGUAAAGGUAGCGAACGUAACGAGGAUAAGGAACUGGAGGAGAAGUACUUAAUUGCUACCUCCGAACAACCAAUAGCUGCUUUCCAUAGAGGCGAAUGGAUAGCUGAAAGCGCUUUACCGAUUAGAUAUGCCGGUAUCUCAACUUGCUUUAGACAAGAAGUCGGCUCUCACGGACGAGAUACCAGAGGUAUCUUUAGGGUACAUCAGUUCGAGAAGGUGGAGCAGUUUUGCCUCACUUCGCCUCAUGACAAUAAGUCCUGGGAGAUGAUGGAAGAAAUGAUCUCCAACGCGGAAGAAUUUUACCAGGCUUUAAACAUUCCUUAUCGUAUUGUCAAUAUCGUGUCGGGUGCAUUGAAUCAUGCGGCCUCCAAGAAAUUGGAUUUGGAAGCUUGGUUUCCUGGCUCCCGUGCGUUCCGCGAACUCGUAUCGUGUAGCAAUUGCCUGGACUACCAAGCCAGGAGAUUGUUGGUUAGAUAUGGGAAGACGAAGAAAAUGAACACCACGACGGACUAUGUUCACAUGUUGAACGCGACGAUGUGCGCCGUGACCCGCGUGAUUUGCGCGAUUCUAGAGGUGCAUCAAACGGAAACUGGCGUGAAGGUGCCGGAGAUCCUGAUGGAUUACAUGCCCCUUGGGUACAAAAAACAGAUUCCGUUUGUGAAGCCGGCGCCGAUCAACGAGGUCGAGACGAAGAAGCAGAAAAAGCAGAAGGAAAACGCCUCCAAGUGAUGCGAUCGCACAAAACAAUGGCGACAAUGAAUGUGAAAACUUUGUGUCCAUCUACAGAUCUUAUUUAUUAAACUGCAUUUCUUUCCUUUUUUUUUUAUUUUAUAUUCCAUCGCGAUCCGCUCGGGUCGCGGCUGUAAUAACGAUUUAAGAAAAUAUAUACACACAUCCGACUUCUCUCAACACAUUGAGAUCUCUUCACGCGUCUCGCAAUAUCUCUAUCUCUCUCUAUCUAUCUCUCCUCGACCCGUUGGAAGCGAGGAAAGAUCUCUUCUGGCCGGGUUUGCAUCCGCAGACAAAAAUUAUAUCGACCUCUGCCGAUUCUCGGCAAUUUUUGUCCCCGGAUGCAUCUCUACGCUCGUAAUAAAAACGCUUUUUCUCCACCGAAGAAGGCAUGUAUCCGCGAACGGUCGUGUCGAGCUUAGAGAACAUCGGCGAUUGUCAACACAGAUUACAACAUUUUAUUUGAUAACACUUGUUCAAUAUUUUAUAAUCAGACAUCGGUAUAUAAUAUAUAUGAUUCUGUAAUAUACAUCUGAUGAGAAGAAUA